CCUAGUGUGUGAUCGUUGUUAUAACGUAAAAGUCAGUCACACAUGAUGUGGAGAGCCUGAAAUGCAACCUCCUGAACAGAAUUCCUCACAUAUCCUCACAAGCUGGAUUUCACGCUGUAAUGCUGUCUGUCAACUAGUGCUGCGUCACUAGAGCCACUGUUGCAGAAUUACCGACUGACUAGCUAAAGGAAGUGAACCACGUCUCUCAGACUUUGCAUUUAGGUAGGGAAUUGUCUUUAGAAGAUGUUAAAACGUUUAUUUAGCUUACUCACCUCAGACUGGAGCCCGCCGUGGUGGGGGAGCAGAGUCGGUGGGCUGCAUCUAAAUCGCGGAAGAGCCACGGUGGGCACAGCCUCCCUCUUCAAACGGAGAUGUGCAGAAUCGCAGAGUGGUGGACGGCUUUGUCCCUUCCGAGCCGCCGUAGAGAUGGGAGAGAACAUGUCCAAAAGGCUGAGGUUGAUCUCAGCUGAUUCGGAUAUGGAGGAGCGAGCUUUCCCGAACCCUUACCCUGACUGGGACCAGGGCGGGCUCGGCCUGAGCCCCGAAGCAGACAGUGAUUACGGGAAAGAGCCUUUAGACGCAGAAGGGAAGAUUAGCCCAAGAUUCCAGACAAAAGUCCAGAGUAAGAUCAAAGAUCUCCUCCAGCAGAUGGAAGAAGGCUUGAAGACGGCUGACCCUCACGACUUCUCCACCUAUACGGGCUGGACAGGCAUCGCCUUGCUGUACCUGCAGCUGCAUCGAGUCUCCCAGGAGGCCGCCCACCUGCAGAGGGCACUUGACUAUGUGAAGAGAGCCAUGAGAACCCUGAAUGGCCGUAAAGUGACCUUUCUAUGUGGAGAUGCAGGGCCCCUUGCUGUUUGUGCUGUGGUCCACCAUAAACUGAACAACACUGCAGACAGUCAAGACUGUCUGUCCAGGCUUCUGCAGCUGCAGCGCUCCGUAGUGGGUCCAGAUGCUGAGAUGCCAGACGAGCUGCUGUACGGACGGGCCGGAUACCUGUAUGCUCUGCUCUACGUUAACAAAGAAAUUGGAGCGAACGCUGUGGACGACAGCAUAAUCGCAAAGGUGGUGACAGCCAUACUGGAGUCUGGGAAGAACAUGUCAGCAGAGCAGAAGAAGAGCGAUCGCUGCCCUCUCCUCUAUGAAUGGCACAAGAAGCAGUACAUAGGAGCCGCCCAUGGCCUGGCCGGCAUCUACUACAUGCUCAUGCAGCCUGGAUCAAAGGUCCACCCAGACCUGCUCUCUGAGCUGGUUCGUCCCAGCAUCGAUUACGUCCGCCACAAGAGGUUUCGUUCAGGCAAUUUCCCAUCAUCCCUCAGCAACGAGAGCGACCGGCUGGUUCACUGGUGCCAUGGCGCACCUGGCGUCAUCCACAUGCUUCUCAUGGCCCAUAAGGUGUUUAAAGAGGAGAAGUAUUUGAAGGAGGCUGCAGAAUCUGCUGAGGUCAUCUGGCAGCGGGGGCUGCUCAGAAAAGGCUAUGGAAUCUGUCAUGGCACCGCUGGUAACGCUUACAGCUUCAUGUCGCUUUACCAUGUCACACAGGAGAAGAAAUACCUGUACAGAGCCUACAAGUUUGCGGAGUGGUGUCUGGACUACGGGACCCAUGGCUGUCGCAUCCCCGACAGACCGUACUCGCUAUUUGAAGGGAUGGCUGGGACCAUUUACUUCCUGUCAGAGGUGGAAAGGCCGGAAGCUUCCUGCUUUCCUGCCUUUGAACUUUGACCUGCUAACCGAUUGCCUGGGGGUUGAAGGUAAUUUGGAAGUCAACUUACCACCUGGUACCCUGGACUGGAUGUAACUUUUCCCUCUUGGUCAAGACGUUCCAAGUAAUUCCAAGCUGAAAUAAAGGGAAGUGGGAGAAACGGCUUUGGUUCCAAACUGGCCAACCCAGGAUCGUUCUGGUUUAUUGGAACACAUCUGUUUUUUGUGACUGCUCUCCUAGAAAUGAUGGACUCCUUUACUAUUAUGUUGCUUUGUGAGGGCAAAGGGAAUCCCAGUUUAAUGUCCCAGCAGUCAAACCAAGAAGAGAACUUCCAAAAGUUUAGUGCCGAUACCUCUGAAUGCUCGUGAUGCGUUUCCUGUCAGUGUGCCGUUCUCCUCGUCUACUUAAAUCCGCUCUUCUCCGUUUGUGUCCCACCUUCACCUGUUUUCGUCCAGUUUUGUUCAUCUGAACAAGUCCGCAUGGAUGUAUCUGUUCCUUGUAGUGUUGGUCCUUCUGCUGCUGAUUCCCAGGCCCUGUGGAACUCUGGGUAAAAUCCUUUUCAGCUGACCCGAUUGGAGCUGCAACCGCCUCUCAGAAAGAACCUUUCAUUUGUACUAAUGUCCCUUUGUUGAGUCGGUGCUCUGGGUUUUGAGUCAUAAAGCCACAUCAUGGUGAGGACACAUGAACAGUCUCUGUGGUCAUUCCGACACCUGAACCCAGUUCUCACUCGGAUUUCCUGCUGAAUGAUGUUGCAUGAGGGCGUUGUGUGACCCCAGAACGAAACCUUAAAUAAAGGAAACUCACACUGA